AUGCUGACCGGUCUAAUUCGCUUCCCAACAGAUGUGUUGAUCUCCAUCUUUCGUCAUUGUGAACUAUCCGACCUCCAUGUCUUUCGCAAUGCUCUUUCUUUCAAUCACCGUGUGACCACGGCAAUUGAUACGGUACUCUACAAUUACAUUUUCCUUGUCACGUCAAGCACUCUUGGCGAGAACUCCCAAUGGGCCGAUGAAUGUUUGGAAUCCCAAAGCUGUAUCAUCAACAAUAUCACCUUUAAGACUUCUAGCUAUUCUGGGGCCCAUAAGUUCUUUGGUCUUGUUUUGCUCGAUCAAUUGCCUCUCUUAAAUGGUUAUGAGAAAUAUAUACAGCACUUAACGGUUUGCUGUUUAGAUCUUUCCAGUUUAAACCUUUUUGGACGGGCUCACACUGAGGCUUUGUGUCUUGGGGAACUCAUUGCCAAUAAUGGAAAUCCCCCAAAAUUGGACAAUGGUUCUUGUGGUAUGAAAAAUCAACAAAUUCCAAUUGCUAUUAAUCCUACUUCUCUAAGGUCUCUGCCUACCCUAGAUACUUCUUUAUCGGCAUAUUCCCAUUCGGUGUAUCAAGUUGGGCCCAACUGUCCUGAAUCGCUAAAGUCAAUGCAAAAAUUCAUUGAUUCUCUUGUGAGGAUACGCAAAAUAGAUAUUCGGUGCCCGUGCCUUCGGUCGCUUGUGAAAAACAUCAUCAAAUCGAAACACAAGAUCGCUAAUGAAAGCUCAGAAUUUGUGGCUCCAACAUAUACUAUCAUUUUGCAGUCUGAUGUGAAGAAAGAAGAAGCGAUGGGGGUAAUUUAA